AUGGCGCGUGACGCACGAGUGAGCAGUGAAAAGAGGCGGAGGAUGCCCAUCUAUGCGGCACAGCUAGGCAACUGCUCAGUGGACUCUGCUCUGGGACUUCAACGUGUCCAGCUCGACGCUGGAAAUGGGUAG